AAGCUAGCAAUCAGCCACGUCCGAGCUAUUUAUUACCACCUACCACCUUUCUAGAUUUAGCAUCACGAUCACAAUAAACUAAACUAACAAGAACCGCCGGGCCUUUAACGUAGGCAAGAAAUUUCGUCAAAUUCAGCGGGUUCCCGAAAUUCCUGUGUAUGUAGUUGAUAGAACAUCAUCGCACUAACUGAAACCAAGUAGUGAGACAUCUGAGUUGUACUUCUAUCUCGACUAGGUAUUAGCACCAGCAAACGCGACUUCAUCUUGUAGUUGUACACUCAUCGCACUAGUUCGAAAGAAAAAAGUUAUUUUGUGUUUCGAUUAUAUUCUUUUUCGCCACCCACUUGUAGUUCUACUUCCGCAUCAUACAUUGUGUUUUAGACAAAAGAUUGCUCUUCAACCGAAUUAUAGAAGAAAUGUCUACUCCCGGUACUAGUUCUGUUGCUGUUGCUCUUGCUCCAAGCAGUCAAGUAGAUUUCAUCGAGAUGAAGAUGAUGCAGUUGUCCUGCCGAGCCGCAACCAAGGCUGCGCAGAAGACGAGUCGUCUGCGAUGGGCAGCCGCAGCGCUGACCUUAUUCCUGUCGCAGAUCAUGGACAACGAUUUUUGUUGUUGUUCUCUCCAUAGAAAAAAUUCCACUCCCGACCACCAUAGCGGUUACGGUUUAUUUGCCUUCGGGGCCAGGACGCCAGAUCAUGACAGCACUUCUGCUACUGGGCCACAACUGCACCAACAACAUCUCGCAACGAGUCGUGGUGGUCCAGCAGCUAGCAACAAGGUCGGCCCGCAUCAUCAUGGAACGUACGCCGCCGACACUAUCACCCGCGACGAUUUCGUCGCAGCAAUGAUGUCGCCGGGGAGAGAGGUAGUCGACGGGUCACAUAGUUACUCCCCGAAGACAACGCCAACGCGAAAGCUUGACGUCGACGGUCUUCUGCACGGUCGCACGGCGGAGCUGCAAGAGGACGAUACAUAG